AUGAAGAUAGACAUAUCCAAAGCUUUUGAUUCUGUUCAAUGGACAUUUGUUUUGAGGAGUCUAGAAGCUUUGGGAAUUCCGGAGAGGUUCAUUAGAUGGAUUAGGUUGUGUAUCACCACUCCAUCAUUCUCGGUGCAGGUGAAUGGAGACUUGGCUGGCUACUUUCAAAGCUCAAGAGGUUUGCGCCAAGGAUGCUCACUUUCUCCUUAUCUCUUUGUGCUGUGUAUGAAUGUUCUGUCGCUAAAAAUCGAUCAAGCAGUGGCAGAGAAGAAGUUCAAGUUUCAUCCUCGUUCGGGGGUCUCUGAGGUGGAGGAAGGGAGAAUACUGUCAAAUUUUCCAUUUGCAAAAGGAGAGCUUCCUGUUAGAUACCUUGGUCUUCCUUUGAUGACUAAAGCUAUGCGUAAACAAGACUAUUUCCCGUUGGUUGAGAAGAUCAGGGGCAGAAUCAGACCUGAGUUAAAAGUCACGGGAGCUAAGGUGGCUUGGAGUGUUGUAUGUCAGACAAAGUAUGAAGGAGGAUUGAGAAUCCGAGCUCUUAAGGUUGUCAAUAGAGUUGCUUACAUAUGCAAGAAGGGUUUUUCCUUAUUCGCCAUAGCUGAAUCUUGA